AUGCUUGCCGCCAUCACAUCCGCCACUCUCCGUGAUGAUGACUUUCAACAGGAUCCCACUACUCUCAAUUUGGAAUCCUGGAUCGCUGAGCUUACCGGCAAAGAGGCUGGUCUCGUGGUAGUCAGCGGAACUAUGGGUAAUCAAAUCAGUAUCCGGACACACCUCCAAGGACCACCACACAGUGUCGUUGCAGAUCACAGAGCCCAUAUUUUUACCCACGAGGCAGGAGGCGUCGCAAGCCUGUGCGGCGCCAUGACCAUUCCUGUUGAACCGUCAAAUGGCAACUAUCUAACGCUGGAGGAUCUUCAGCAGAAAACGAUCACGAAAUUUGGACAUGUCACUGAUUGCCCUGCCAAGCUUAUUUCAUUGGAAGUUCCACUUGGCGGCGUGAUCAUGCCCCUUUCUGAAUGCCAACGGAUUAGUGACUGGGCCCGGGAGCACAGCAUAAUUAUGCACCUCGAUGGAGCGCGCCUGUGGGAGGCGGUCGCAGCUGGGGCAGGCUCUCUGAAGGACUACUGCGCGUGCUUUGACAGCAUCAACCUCUGCUUCUCAAAAGGGCUCGGUGCUCCUAUCGGCUCACUCAUUGUAGGCACGCGCACCUUCCGUGAGCGAGCGCGGUGGAUUCGCAAGAGCAUUGGAGGAGGGUUGCGCCAGUCCGGCGUUAUAUGCGGACCUGCCAGAGUAGCCGUGGAAGAUACAUUCUUGGGCGGCAAGCUGCGAGAGUCGCAUGUUCGAGCGAGGGAGAUCGCGAGGAUUUGGGAGUCUUAUGGUGGCAAGCUUACGUAUCCCGUUGAAACCAACAUGGUUUGGCUGGAUCUAGGGUCUGCGGGAACCAGUUUGGGCGAAUUUAUCAAGAAAGGGGAGGCUGUUGGUAUAGCUCUUAUGGGGGCAAGACUGGUAGUGCAUUAUCAGAUCUGUGCUGAAGCGGUCAGGAGACUCGAAACCCUGAUUCAAUCCUUGCUGGCAAAGAAAGAAGAUAGCCAGGGAUUGUAG